CUUUCGUGCGUUUCUCUCCGGAGCGCCGCGCGCUCGCCCCUCCUGCGCCCGCGCUUCCUCGCCUCACCUCCUUCUCCCUUCUCUCGCUCUCUGCUGCUCGUCCCCUCCUGGAGUUGCGGCGCCUGUGGUUGCCCCGCUCCGCGCUCCUUCUCCCCCCUUCUUUCCCCCGUCCCCUCCCCGGGGGUGUGUGUGUGGCAACUUUUCCCCCCUCGCUUCUCCCGCUUCUGUUUGCCCUUAUAUGUGACCAUGGCAGUGCCGGCGGCUUUGAUCCCUCCGACCCAGCUGGUCCCCCCUCAACCCCCGAUCUCCACGUCUGCUUCUUCCUCCGGCACCACCACCUCCACCUCCUCGGCGACCUCGUCUCCGGCUCCGUCCAUCGGACCCCCGGCGUCCUCGGGGCCAACUCUGUUCCGGCCGGAGCCCCUCGCUCCCGCGGCGGCGGCGGCGGCCACGGUCACCUCUCCCGGCGGCGGCUGCAACCCCAGCCUGGCGGCCGCGAGCAACAGCGGCGGCACCGGCGCAGGCGGCGGCGGCGCCUCGAGCACCCCCAUCAACGCGAGCACCGGCAGCAGCAGCAGCAGCAGCAGCAGUAGCAGCAGCAGCAGCAGUAGCAGCAGCAGCAGUAGCAGCAGCUGCGGCCCCCUCCCCGGGAAACCCGUGUACUCAACCCCGUCCCCAGUGGAAAACACCCCCCAGAAUAAUGAGUGCAAAAUGGUGGAUCUGAGGGGGGCCAAAGUGGCUUCCUUCACGGUGGAGGGCUGCGAGCUGAUCUGCCUGCCCCAGGCUUUCGACCUGUUCCUGAAGCACUUGGUGGGGGGCUUGCACACGGUCUACACCAAGCUGAAGCGGUUGGAGAUCACGCCGGUGGUGUGCAAUGUGGAACAGGUUCGUAUCCUGAGAGGACUGGGCGCCAUCCAGCCGGGAGUGAACCGCUGCAAACUCAUCUCCAGGAAAGACUUCGAGACCCUCUACAAUGACUGCACCAACGCAAGUUCUAGACCUGGAAGGCCUCCUAAGAGGACUCAGAGUGUCACCUCCCCCGAGAACUCUCAUAUCAUGCCACAUUCUGUCCCUGGCCUCAUGUCUCCAGGAAUAAUUCCACCAACAGGUCUUACAGCAGCAGCUGCAGCAGCUGCUGCUGCUACCAAUGCAGCUAUCGCCGAAGCAAUGAAGGUGAAAAAAAUCAAAUUAGAAGCUAUGAGUAACUAUCAUGCCAGUAAUAACCAACAUGGAGCUGAUUCCGAAAAUGGAGACAUGAAUUCAAGUGUUGGGAGCAGUGAUGGUUCUUGGGAUAAGGAAACACUGCAUUCUGCCCCACCUCAGGGAUCUCAGGCCACUGUUACCCACCCCCGCAUGCCCGGAGCGCAUAGCCUUCCAGUUAGUCAUCCUCUCAACCAUCUCCGGCACAGGCACCUGCUGCCAAAUGGACUGGAACUUCCUUUUAUGAUGAUGCCCCACCCUCUAAUUCCUGUCAGCCUACCUCCAGCAUCUGUCACCAUGGCAAUGAGCCAAAUGAACCACCUCAGCACCAUUGCAAAUAUGGCGGCAGCAGCACAAGUUCAGACUCCUCCCUCCAGAGUUGAGACAUCUGUUAUUAAGGAGCGUGUUCCUGAUAGCCCCUCGCCCGCCCCCUCCCUGGAGGAGGGUCGAAGGCCUGGCAGUCACCCGUCCUCGCAUCGCAGCAGCAGCGUGUCCAGCUCCCCAGCACGGACCGAGAGCUCCUCGGACAGAAUCCCUGUGCAUCAGAACGGGCUGUCCAUGAACCAGAUGCUGAUGGGUUUAUCACCAAAUGUUCUCCCUGGACCAAAGGAGGGAGAUCUGGCCGGUCAUGACAUGGCACACGAGUCAAAGAGGAUUCAUAUUGAAAAAGAUGAGACCCCGCUUUCUACACCAACCGCAAGAGACAGCCUUGACAAACUUUCUCUAACUGGGCAUGGACAACCACUGCCUCCGGGGUUCCCGUCUCCUUUUCUGUUUCCUGAUGGAUUGUCUUCCAUAGAGACUCUUCUGACUAAUAUACAGGGGCUUUUGAAAGUUGCCAUAGAUAAUGCCAGAGCUCAAGAAAAGCAGGUCCAACUGGAGAAAACAGAGCUAAAGAUGGAUUUUUUAAGGGAAAGAGAACUAAGGGAAACUCUUGAGAAGCAGCUGGCUAUGGAACAAAAAAACAGAGCCAUAGUUCAAAAGAGGCUAAAAAAGGAGAAGAAGGCAAAAAGAAAAUUGCAAGAAGCACUUGAAUUUGAGACAAAACGGCGUGAGCAAGCUGAGCAGACACUGAAGCAAGCGGCUUCAACAGAUAGUCUCAGAGUGUUGAAUGACUCUCUGACCCCAGAGAUAGAAGCUGACCGCAGUGGCGGCAGAACAGAUGCUGAAAGGACAAUACAAGGUGGCGCUGGGUCCCAGCAACUACCGGCCGAGCGGGAGCACCAGCCCUGCAGUCAUAUGCAUGUAUUUUACCGAGUUUUACAAUGA